AUGUUAAAGUCAGGCUUCAAGAUAAAGAGACCUCAUAGUCCCGAUGUUAUUGGGAUGGAAAACUAUAAGAAACAGAGGUUAUUAGAAGAUUUCUCUAAUUUGAAUAUUAGUAAUACAAACAAAAGUAAAGCUCCAUCGAUAUCUAAUUCUAACGUUAACAUUCUCAAAACACAUUCCUCGAUAUUGAAGAUAGGAAAAGAUGCAAAUGAUAUAAACAGUUAUAAUGAUAUGAUACUACAGAAAUUUCGAAAUGAGUUAAUUAAUCAUAGCUUGCAAGUAGUAGUAUGGAGAGAUUACAAAACACUUAUAUAUGAAAAUUGGCUUAAAUGGUAUAUAAGCCGACAUAAUGAUUUUAACGCUUAUGAUAUGCAUGAUGAUGAUGAUGAGGAUGUGGAUAUAGACGAUGAGGAUAUGAAUAUAGAUGAUGAAAUGGAUAUAGAUAUGGAUGUUAAUAUGCAACUUUAG